CAGGUAGUUACCAGUGGUGUGUGUUCAGCGAGCGUGUGCAGUUGAGCGGCGGCGCCACCAGAUCUUGGCUCAAACCACAGCCUCGUACGUGUGAUAACUCGGAUUUGCAUCCCGUGCAGCUUUGCUGUCGGAGCUCGCUUGGCAAGCUCUCGAUUGCAUUCACUUCAACGUAGCUUUCUCAGGCAUAGCCUGACCACCAGGCAGAGCCAGCAAUGUCUCUGUCAAUCGACUCGUUCGCUAACCCCAUGGAGAUGGCCCAGAGUUUCGCCAUGGGCAUGUGGGAGGAGUACCAGAAGGAGAUAACGAUGUACUUCGUGUUCAUGCUCGGCUUCCUGGGCUGCCGUCUUCUGUCGUCGAAGCGCAUACCCAUGCGCAAGGAAGCGGCCGCUCACGGGAAGUUGGCCCAGGACGACGGAAGUUCCAGCCCGCUUGCUGCCCAGUGCGGCCAACAUGCAGACGCUCCCAAGGCCGCGGGCCGCCGGCGGCUGCGGCCUGCCCCUCUGGCCGUGCCCCCGCCAGGAGCCGACCUCAGCCCGCGCACCCAGCGGCAGCCGCCCCGCGAGUGCCCGCCGGAGCCGCCCGGGGCCGGCGAGCGGCCGCCGCC